CGUCUUGCAGGGCGAUUCCUCCGCGAACGUCAACAAACCGCCGGAGUCGAAGGGAAGGAAAGUUGGAGCUUCCUGUGGCUGGUCCUUCUCAUGCUAGGUAUUCGAGCCUCGAGGAAUCUCCACAGGGUAGUCAGCAGUUUGUCUUCGUUGCGGUUGCAUGUAGAGAUGCCGUUCUACGCUGUCGCCAAGGGGAAAAAGCCCGGCGUUUAUGCCACAUGGCCAGAAUGUCAGGCUCAGGUCACAGGCUUCCUUGGGGCUCGCUACAAAAAGUUUGCGACUAUGACAGAGGCCGAAGAAUUUAUAAGAGAGAACUCGUCAUCCAAUGUUAUAGACAACCGACAGGUAUCAUCUCCAGUCACAUCAAAUAAGAUAGAUAUUAGAAGCUCAGCAGCAGGUGCCAGAGAAAAGAUGAAACAGAAGUCACUGAAUGUAAACACAGCAUUUGCAAAAAAUGAUAAUAAUAAUGAUGAUGGCAGAUUAAGCCCAACACUCGUACAAAUGAAGCAAGAUAUGAAGAGGCUACAGAAAGAGUUGUCAGACCUGAGGUCCAGAUUUGAUGAGUACGUUGCUGAAAAGUCAAGAGGAUCAGGAUUCACCUCACAGACUCAGGGCUUCCACACGUCAGCUGUUGUGCCGGGCAAGAGGAAGAGGGAAAAGAGUCGAGAGGAAGUGAUUGACCUCGAUCUUGAUGAGCCUUCAACGAGCAUCAGAAGGACAGAUUUCACUGACAACAGAAGCAACAACACGAAGUUCGUCACAGACAAUGACGGAUUCCUGAUAGUAUUUACAGAUGGUGCUUGCGAAAGCAAUGGCCGAGUGGGAGCGAAAGCAGGUGUUGGUGUGUACUUUGGGAGGGAUCACCCACUCAAUGUUGCCGAGCCAGUGCGAGGAAGACCAACCAAUAACACAGCGGAAAUCCAAGCUGCUACAUAUGCCCUAGAGUUAGCACAUGCCUCAGGUUUUGACAAAGUGGCAAUUCAUACAGACUCACAGUUCAUGAUCAACUGCAUGACCUCGUGGUUGAAGAGUUGGAAGAGGAAUAAUUGGAAGAAGAAAGACGGAGAGCCGGUGAAGAACAAGGAGGACCUGAUGGACUUAGACAAAGCCUCGGAGGGGUUGAUGGUGAAAUGGGUACAUGUGAAAGGUCACUCAGGCAAUGUUGGUAAUGAAGAAGCAGACAGACUAGCCAGAGAAGGUGCAAAACUCUAUAAACAAGAUCAGCAGUACUAGCACAAAUGCAUUUUAUAGUGCUAUAGUCGACUGUAUACAGUGUUCUUCCAAGUUUCAUAUGAAUAAUGUCUUUUCUUUGCAUAAAUGUAAUAUAUUUGGAUACAUUAAAGGCUGUGAUGAAUAGUUGUUUUGUCUUGAUCACUCUGUUAACCCACUGGCUGCAGAUGGCAAGAAUGCUUGCUAUGCUCACUGUAAUUUAGUUUAUUAAAAUUAGUCACCAAGGAGUUUAUUUUUAUUAGUAGUAUUUCAAAAAGUCAAGGAUUGCAGAACUCAGGCAUGAUCACUUGGGCCUAGUAACUGACUCCUUAGUGGCUGAGUAUGCCAUAUUUGGGCAAUAAAAUUAAUAAAAAACUACAGUGAACCAUACAUAAGCCCACAGCCAGUGGGUUAAAAGGUAGAAUUAAGAUUACUCAUGCUAUUAUUAUGUACUUUAUUUGUGAACAGGCAAACCCAGAUUUAACCAUUUUUAUUUAUUUUAUUUUAAAAGUUUUGAAGGUAGUAGAAACCAUUUUCAUAUUAAUUUUCAUCUAGGUAAAAUGGAAUAGUUUUUCAUGUAUGCCAAGUUCUGUUUAUAAUUUACUGUAGUACUGUAUUGAAAGUAUCGCCUGUAAUACCAUUGCCUUUAAUCAGAUCUCCCUGCUCACAAGAUCUGAUAUAGUGUUGUAAAAGCUUUUGUCAUAGGAUUUUAUUUAUGUUAGUAAAUGUCAUCAUACAUCUGUGAUAAGUGAUACAUUUGCCUAAAUUAACUCUACAGCAAAUCACGGAAAGUCAUUAUAGCUAUAUCUUAUUUUUAUAUUCUAACAUGUCCGUGAUAUAGCUAGUUCUUCAGGUUUCAAGUUAAAGCCUGAUAGAGAACUUUUUUCCGUAUUGCUUGGUUAUUUUCUUGAUUUUAUCAUUACAUUAUUACAGUAUGUUUGUAUAAGGGACCAAAUUUGUUUUGAAAAAAAGGGCUAUGAGAAUCUUGGAACUGUGGGAUUAUAUAGUAAAUAUCAUUACAUAUUAAAAAUAUAAUAUAUAUAUAUUCCUAACUGCCCAUUUGAAAUUCAUGGUCCCAAAAUACUUGUUCCCUAGAUCCCCCCCCCCACACACACACACACAUAGACACUUAUCUCUUAUGACUCAAAACCUUUCCAUAAGGGUCAAUGAUGAAUUGAUAUCACAGUUUAAUAGCACCCUUUGAAAUUUAUUUUUUCCCCACCAUCAGAUAAACUUUUUAUUGUGAGGGUAAUUAUCUUUUUUUAUGUGUUAGAAUAUUUUUUCCUGUAUCAUGCAGUUAAAUCCUUUUUAUAUAUAAAAACCUGAGGGAAGUUUUUACAAAAGACAAAAUUUCAUACAUAUUUGGGAAAUGGGCAAGUGAAUGUAUUUUGCAUGCACGUGCACGCAACACACACACACACACACACACACACACACACACACACACACACACACACACACACACACACACACACACACACACA